AUGUCUGACCUACCAAUCGCCAUACCUAAGGGCUCUAAGAUCCUGAUUACCGGUAUAGCUGGUUUUCUUGCUGGUCAUAUAGCAAAACAGCUUCUGGACCGCGGCUUCAAAGUUCGAGGCACGGUGCGAGACACUUCUGCUGCCAAAUGGGUGACCGACGAGAUGUUCGCAGAAGCCACGCAACGAGGUGACCUUGAGCUUGCUGCCCUCGACUUUACUACAGCAUCAGAUAGUGAUUAUGAGGCUGCUGUGAAGGGUGUGGAUGGAGUUAUGCAUGUCGCCACCAUCCAGACAUUUGAUCCAAACCCCGACAAUGUCAUUCCGCCUGUUGUAGGCAGCGUUACUGCCCUGCUUAAGGCUGCAAGUCGAGAACCAACCAUCAAACGAUUCGUCUACACUUCUUCUUCCGUGGCAUCAUUUAUGCCAAACCCCUUUACAGAUGAAGCCAGCUUUGUUGGGCGCGAUUCAUGGAAUGAAUUUGCCUUAGCAGCUGUGCAAGCGCCGCAGCUAGACAAUCCGAUGUUUGGUGGUAUCGUCUACAUGGCCAGCAAAGCAGCAGCCGAGAAAGCUUUUUGGAAGUUCGCCGCAGAGGAAAAGCCACAUUUUGUUGUCAAUGCGGUAAGCCCAUACACCCUGAUUGGGCCAAUUCUUCACAAAAGCUUCGUGAACAAGAACCUGCCUGGCUGGGUGAAUUGGCUCUACCAGGGCGACACCAGUUAUAUCGGAACCAUACCGGGUCUAUACUACGUAAACGUCAAAGACGUGGCACUAGUGGAAAUCGCAGCGCUCAUUGACCCAGACGUCAAGGACGCCCGUAUUCAGGCAUGGUGCACGCCCUUCAACUGGAACACUCUUCUCGCAAUGUGGCGCAAGAAGUAUCCAGAGAGAAAGUUCAUUGAAGAUCUCCCUAACAUGGGUAUGAUAAAGACAAAGAUAGACGAUACCCUACCCAAGCAACUGCUCAAAAAGUGGGGUGGUCAGGAUGGUUGGAUUCCUAUGGAAGAGGGCUUUCAGGAGUGUCUUGACAGUGUUCUAGCUGAACUCGACAACCCAUCCCACAACUAA